ACAGAUAAAUAAAUAUUGCAAGUAAAGUAAAGAAAUAAGUAAAAUCUGUCAUGUUUCAUUCAACUUAACGUUUAUAUAAAUAUUUUCGAAAUCAUGUAUAAUCCCAUCAUAAUCCCACAUGAUUUCAAACGAAGGAAAAAAAAAAAAAAAAGAAAAAAAAAUCAACAAUAAUCGAGAUAUACGAUUUGAUAAAAAAUUGGAGAAGAAGUAAGGUUCGUUCCCAUGGAUCGAUGAAAUUCGAUUGUCUUGCGAGGUUUGCGCGCGCGAGGGGGAUGCUAAACAGCGCGGUUUGUUGCGCAUCGACGCCUCUCGUCUCCGGUUGGAAACGUUUUCACUCACUCUCGAACGUUCCGUUCAUAUUAGUCUCCAAAGAAAUUUGAAUAACAAUGUCAAUGAAGAAAGGGACAUUUUUUUGAAACGCUCGCGCGAAAUCGUGGAACGAACUCCUAGGUGUACAGUGUUCAAGGUGAAAGCAUUUCAGAGAGCGAAAGAGAGAGAGAGAGAGAGAGAGCGAGAGCGAGAGCGCGAAGCGCGAGAACGCGAGAGCGAGAACGAGAUAGAUAGAUAGAUAGAUAGAGAAAAAGGGAGAUAGAUAGAGAGAGAGAGAGAGAAAGUUAGAAAAAAGAUGUCGAGCGAGGAAGAAACGAAGGAAAUCAGGGAGACGACGAAAGAAGGAAAGGAGACUGCCGAAGAGGAUCUGCAGAUAUUCGAAACGCUUUGUAUAUCGUCGCCCGGAAAGGAAGAGGCGAUGACUCACGACCUAACGACCACGUUGAGGAGCGAGAUAGCAGCUCUCGAAUAUAAACGGGACAGGCUGAUGUCCGAGCUCCAAGAGGCUAAGAAUAUCGCGAGAUCCCGGGAUCAACGAGUCGUGGAACUGCAACUGGAGGCUGAUCAACUUCGCGAGCAAGCGGCCAGGCAGAAUUCCAUCGUUUCGAGUUUAAGGAAACGCAUACAGGAAUCAGAGGAGCGGGAGAGGAAUCUUUACGCCGCCCAAGGGAGGAGCGAGAUCGCGCUGCAAGGCUUGCAACGAGACUCGAGGUAUCACGAGGAGAAGGUUCGAGAAUGCGAGAAGAGGAUACGCCAAUUGGAGCAGGAGGCGUCGGACGAGAGGGAAUCGAAGGAGCGGGCCCGUACCAGUUUUCAGGAGUUCGCCGGAAAAUUGGCGGCCGCGUUGACCGUCGAGUAUCGGGAAUCCGUGCAUCCAAGCCCCGAGUUGGUGAGCCAAAAGGUGGAGGAGUUGGUGCAGGAGGCGAGCCGGCUUCGGGCGCGGAACACGGGCGUUGAGGCGCAGAUGGCCGCUCUGGAGGUGGAGUUGAGGGGGUGCAGGGACGCUUUGGAGCGGGCUGUGGCCGAGAAGGAGCAGCUACAACGCCAGAUGUCCUCCCAAUCGGUCGAUUUGGAUCGUUUCAAACAGGACAAGGAGUGCCUCGAGAUGCGGUACAGGGUCGCUGAAAGGGAAUUGAACGAGUUGAGGGAUAAGUUGAUCAGCGCGAACAGAAGCAUAAGCACGGCGAGCGGAAAUAUAUCGAAUCAGGAGGCGUUGAUCGGCCAGUUACGAGAAGAUUUGAUGCAGCGAGAAGAAAAAUGGCAGCGCCUGCAAACCGAGUACCGCCACUUUUUGGAAUCGUUGGCGGUGCUGGUGGGCGGGCCGAACAGGUUCAUCGAGUCGCAGGAAAACGCCAUUAAGGAUCGCGUUAGGGAGAUCCUGGCCGAGAGCAAGGAUCAGGCCAUUACUAUUCAAAAUCUUCGCGAGAAGGUGAACGCGGCUGCGGAAUCGGCGAGCCGACAGAGCGAACUGAUCGAGGCGACGGUGGCCAAGACGCGAAGCUUGGAUGCAGAACGGUCGGAAUUGGAGGGGAGAGUUCGAAAGAUGGAGGCCCAGUUGACUGAUUGCGAGCUUGCCAAGGAACGUUCUCGAAGGGACAAACAAACGUUCGUCACGUUUUUGGACCGGUUAGGGAAAGCGAUGCAGAUGGACGAGAUAACCGAGGAAAUGGGCAUCGAUCUUCAAACGGAAUCGCUGUUGGUUCGAGGCGAGCAAUUGGCCAGAUUGGAGAGCGACAAGUUGGUGGACAAGUCCAUCCCCUUGCCGAGACGCGAGCGAUCCUUCCACGCCAUUCUUCCCACCAUGAAACAAACGUCGGUGGUCUAUCAACUGCAACGCCGCGUGAGGACGCUACGAGAACAAUUGCAGCGCAGAGAUCUUCACUUGGAUCUUCUUCGUAGAAAAUUAUCCCUCCAAGAGGAGAGCGUUAAGAUGAGAUCGUUGCUUCAAAAUGAAAGGGACGAGGCGUGCCUCAGGGCGAAAAAAUUGUCGAAGCAAACGGAUCGGUUGCAGGCGCAAAUUUUGGAGGAGAGAUCGAGGAAUCGGGAGUUAAGCGCGCAAUUGACCGAGGCCGCUGAUUACAAGAUAGCCGCUUUGGAGCGGAGUCGAAAGAUCGACGAGCUUCAGAAACGAUUGGUGGAGAGCGAGAUGCUGAGGACACGAUACUCGAGAAAAUUGAGCAUGUUGAAGGAACAAAUGAGAAGCGCGACCGAGACCGCCGAACAAGAGAGAUCCAUCAGCGAUCACUCGUUGCAAUUGGUCAGGGACGAGUUGGCGCAGGUUAAGCAAAAUCUUUCCGAAGUUACGAAAAGGGAAUCCCAAUUGCAAAGCUUUCGAGUAUCCGUGACGAAAUUAUUGUCGGAACCGAUCUGCACGCCCGAUUACGAGAUAAUCUCGCGAUUGCAGAAAAUGGUGGCGGCCCAUCGCGACUUCACCAUGAUUUCGCGUAGAUACGAGGAACCGUUGGAGACCAGCCCAUCCAGAUGCACCAGCAUACACGCGAUGCAUCCUCCCAGAUCGCCAGGAUGCGCACGUUACGAGGACAACGGGUUCGCAGAUCCCCCGGAUCUUCGAGACAUCGAAGACGAGUUUAACAAACGGCCGGUACGAAGCAGCCUUCUCCCGUGACGUCGGCCUAUAUUUCGAUGCUAAACCCUCCUUUCCUUCCUAUAUAUCGACAUCUCCGUCCAAGUUUAUUGUUUAAAAGUUUUUCUUUUUUUUUUUUUUUAUCGAACGUACGAACGACCGUUUCAUUUCUCACGCGACGAUCGUAGCGUGUUCAUUGUUGAACGCGCGAUUCGACCGUGUGCGCGUGUGCGUAACACGGAGUCGGCGUGCAUAGCGUGUAUUGUAGAGUGGAACAACCGCAUUCCAGGAUGGUAUAGACGGUAGAGAGCGAGAAGUGAAGUUGCGCAGUCUGUGCUGCGCAAUGCAACGCGAGACGAAGAGACGAAGAGAAUUAGUUUGCCUAGUUGCGCGAAUCCCAAUAGGAAAUUCGGUCUAUAUUUUUCACAUCGUUAAUUACUCGAAAAAUUUACUCCGCAUUCUCGAAAAUUUUCUCGGGAAUAUAUCUUUUUACGAUUAUAACGACGAAAAUAGGAGAUAGGUUUUAAGGAAAAGGAUAGUCUUGGGAUAUAAUUUAUGAAGGAUGUAUCUUUAUAGAAAUAGGUUAGGAAAGAGCAUCGUUCAAAGUUUCGGAAUUUUAUUAGGGAGAUGGGGGUGCGUGAUUUUGCGGAACGCGUUUCUUGCCUGGAAGAGAAAUAAGUGUGCGUGUAUAUACGUACAUGUGUAUACGAGCACGAGUUGGUACGACUGGUUAGCCGUGAACUUGGCCAAGAGUGAACUACCUCUUCCUCUGCAGAAUCGUGAAUGCAAACUCGCGCUAGCUUUGGCCUCCUUCUUAUUUCUCGUCUGUACGAACGCGUGCGCUGCAGUUAUUUUGAAGGAGACGGGGACCAUGUUGUCUCUCGUGAUAGCAAGCAACUAGGUAUUUGUAUAUAUUUGUAUUUCCGUAUUUCUUUUUUUUUCAUAAACGAUUUUUCAUUAACGUGAUUUAACCAUUCGAUCAAUCGAUUUUGCUUAAUUACUACUCGAGAAUUUAUCGCUGAAAUUUCUUUACGGCGGAUUUUCGUCGUUGAGAGAAAAACGCUAGACGAGAAAAGAUAGAAAGAGAGGAAACAAUCAUUUCGCAUCUUUUAAUCGAAAUCUCACCGAUCCCGAACUUCAUCGUGAAAUAUUUGUUUUGCGUAAUUUACAUUAAAACAACGGAUGAUUCGCAUCGAGUGAAAAAUAAAAUAAUGAAAUAAAAAGCGCUGUGUAAUAUAAAGUACGAAAAAGAUGUUUACAUCUUAUCGAACAAAAUCACGCAUUCUUCUGUAUUCACGCUUGCAUUUAUCCCAUGUGUAUCCAUGUAUCCCAUACACACUCCUGCGUAAAUAUAAAUACAUACGUAUAUAUCUCUCC